AUGACGAAGGUCAUGCAUUUUAACGUUGUUUAGAAGUCAAUUUCUCCCGGAAUAUUCCUAGAGAGGCCCUUUUAGUUCUUUAAAAUGGCUCUUUUGAAUCGAAAACUGAAAGAAAAGGAUGUAGACAACCUCCCUUUAAUCGAAGAAUCUGAGAAAGUUGUAGUCGAUCUCGAUGAGGACGAUGAAAACAGCGAAGAUACUUUUGUACAUCAUGGAAUCACGCUGUGGGUUUCCGAUGCUCUUAUCAUGAUUGUGCAGCAUAUACAGAUUUUUGCGUUGAUAUUAGCCAUGGGAGAACGCUGGGGCUAUCCUAAAACGUUUGUGCAACAUGCCUCAUAUGUUUUUCUCUUUAAUUUAGACGUUUGGGAAUUUGUGAAAGUCUCAUCUGGAGCAUAUACUGGUCCUUUAAACCUAGACACGUUUUUACCUUCAGGAAGCAUCGGCAUAGACUAUAGUUAUUAUUUGAUAGGAUGGACCAUUGGAGUCGCUGUGAUUGGAUGUACAUUUUUGAUAACUUAUGCAGUGUUUCUUCAUCGGAAACCACUGUAUCUGCUGCUUCAUGUUGCGAGGAUGAAGCGUGUUUUCAGCGUUUUUAUCCAGCUCGCCUGCUUACCUGUUGGUACUGCAUAUGCCCGUGUUUUCCAUUGUCGAAGCGAUGGAGUAUGGAAUGUUGAAAAUAGUGUAAAGUGCUACAGUUCGGACAGCAUAGAACAUUUGGUGUUUGUUGCUAUUGCAAGUCUGGUCGUAAUUCUUGUGUUCCUGGCCUACCCAAUAAACAUGAUAAGGAAAAUUCGUGGUCAAGUGAUCUGUUACAGUGAAGAAAAACAUGAGGGUUACUUGCAACUCAAAGAAGCCGAAUACAAUCAAGGACUUGACAUUUUAUGGGGAGUCGGACAGUUCCACCUCUUCUCAUCAUUCCGCCGGCUUUGGAUCUUUUAUAAACCCAUCAUGUUCAUUUUAAAAUUUAGCCUUGUGUGUUUUUAUGCAAUGUUCCUGUUUUUUACUGAGAGCAACAGGCUUACUUUUGGGCAACGUCUCCUCAUCAACCUUCCUAUUUUUCUGUUCUUUUUCCUUGUUCUUUUUGGGUUGUUUUCUUCUGGCUUGGCCCGCCCUCCUAUCAAAGCCUUUAGGGCUUUCACAGGCUGGUGUUGCUGGAAAGGCAUUUCACGAUUGUUACAUGUCCUUUUCAACAUCACUCCAACUUGGGUGGUUGCCAAGCUCUUUCUGGUUCUAUUGGUAGGCGGUUUGUUCACCAUUGAUCGUCUAGGUGGUGGCAUAGGAGCAACACUAUCUAUGCUAAGUCUGAUAAUGGUCCGAAGUCUUCCUUUCCGUGUUUCGGCAUUCAACUUCAUGAUUUUGUUCUCCUUACUUGUCAAUGCAGGUAAUGCAUACAUCGGUGUCAUGGUGGAGAUGUACAACACUGAUGAACUUGUGAAUGCCUUCUUUGUACCACCCAUUCCAGAGUUGAUAUUGACAUGGGUGAACAUAGCUUGGCUGUGUGUUGCAGUUCUGUGGCUUGCGUAUCUCUUGCUGCGGUACUUGCAUAUUAUACUUCCAAAGCAGCCUCUCUGGCCAAUGCUUAGUACAGAUGGAAAAAGCAACAUCAGUGAAGAAACAAAGAAAUACAUGCGUGCUGUUCUGAGGGGCCGUCAUACAUUGGAGAAAGCGCUUUCAAGCCCACCCAUGUUUGCACCUGUUCAUGAGUUGGAGAGGCAGAUUCACAUCAUCAAUGCAUACUGCCGAGAAGCAGAGUUCUUGGAUGAUCCAACCUUUGAUUCCCUCUGGGAUCUUCUUGACGAAUUGAUUGAAGCUCACAGAAACUUAGCACCUCACUCUCUGUUUGCUCUGUCAGUGAAGAAGACCGUCCGUGAGAUAGCAAAGGAAUUGAUGGUCUUGAUGCCGCAGAUGAGAAAAAGGCUCGAUCAACGUGAAUAUGAUUUCAUCUUGAUGGACCCCAUGAAGAAACGCAUGCUUUUGAAAAUGUAUGUGCUUGGAAUAUUUGUGAAUGGACGUAUGGACAAAGUCAAACAUGAUGUUGAACAAAAAGUUUACAUGGCACUAAAAGAGGCUGAAAAGACCAAAACUCCUUCAAGUCUAUAUGGUAGCUCCACAGCAUAUGACUGGGAUAGUAUGAUUGACUUGGCGGGUCCUUAUUCAACUUUUGAUGCAAUGAGAACUGUUUCAAGUUCAGGUAGUCGACCUGGCACCUCCUUCUCAGUGGCUUCUAAAGCAGAUAGUGUAGAUAAGCUGUUGGAUGAGGUGGAAGACUGGGAGGAAGGACAAGAGAUGGCUAAAAGAAGGAAGAAAAUUUCAGUUGGGUCAAUGCCAUUGAUUGAGGAGCAUCCUUCUUCUCCUUCAGGUGGGCAAUUUCUAUUUUUGGAGCAAAGUCUCAGGGCUUGGUAUAAUCAGUCAAAGCUCUCAUAACACCUACACCCCCAAAAGUGAUCAAUAUUUAUCCUUUCAUUCCCAAGAUCUAGAUAUCAAUUCUCUUAACUGUCCCCCACAUGUUUCCAAUAAUUCUAGUUCUGAGAAUUUGAUGUUAAAUCAAGCACUAUCCCAAUAUCCCCUUUGUUUACAUUUUAUUUUUUCAUCACCUUUCAUCAUAAAAAUGUGUGGUUAUUUUAGGGAAAGUUGAGAGUGUAAUUUUGAUAGAUAACUAAUUUCUUCUUACCUAUUUGUGAGGAAAUGUAUGGUAGCAAGAAGGGAGAAUUGAGUUCGGUAGGUUAAUUGUUUUUCUUGGGUUUCUAGGCUCCACGGGUUCAUCAGCUUCUAUACCUGGUCAAGUUAACUUUGAUAAUGACCGACCACGACCUAGAAGUGCUGGACGCUCGUCAUUGCAUGGUUCAACUACAUCAACAGCAUUAAUUGGAGACAGUUCUGCUGCGGAACAGGCCAGUAGCUCUCAAUCACAGUCAUCAUUAAGAAGUGGAGAUCGUGUUCCAUUAUUAUAGUAGGGAAAGUGUUUUUUGACUCAUUAGUAUUUUAAUAUAAUAGGCUACAUUCAUGCAUUUACCAUAACCAGUUGUAAAUAGGAUCAUCUUAGCUAUGGCCAACGUUUAAUAGCAAAAGUUUAAUUCAGUAGUUGGUAUUGUACAUUUUUGAACAUCAAUAACCACCUUUGUUAUUCUAUGAAAUAAUAAGGCUUAUUUCUAUCAUCAUCAUUCAUCAUAAUAAGGCUUAUUUCUAUCAUCAUCAUCAUCUUAAUAAGGCUUAUUUCUGUCAUCAUCAUCAGUAUUAUUAUUUUUAUUGCCACUGAAAAUUUUGUAUUGAGGUUGCUGUGUAAAUAUUGACUUUAUAAAUUGUUUUUACAUUACUGUAGUUGCUAUUUUCCUAUUUAAAUUUCCAAGUAUUUAUAAAUUGAUAUUUGUCCAAUGCAUGGCAAGUUAGUUAUAUCCGCUGAUCUAAAGUUUCUGGCAUCAUAAAGAGAUUUCAUUUAAAUCAGCUGUAGAAAUGAUUACCUGUGUAGAUCAAGGCUAUAUUUUCACAACAUGACCCUUGGGUAGGCUUUAAACACUUGAAUUCCCAUGAGUGACCAAUGCAGAAUUUCCCCUUACAGUAUCAAUUUGAUGUCAAACAGACAAGUAAUGAGAAUAAAGACAAAUAUGAUUUAGGGAGUAGAUUAUCCAAACCAAAUUCUCCAAACUAACAUUAUAAGAAUUGUUUUGCAGACAGUAAGGAGAAUUACUAAUGAGAUCUUGGGAGUGAAAGAGUUAAAAGAAAUUGUUUCCUCCUACCUCUGGGAGGACACUAGUUUAGAACUCAUGAUUACAUCAAGUUUGAUUUUAAGGGGGGUAAAGAAAACAGUUAUUUUAGAAGCACACUAUUUUUGUAAAAAAAUCAUCAUAAUAAACUAGAUUUGUAGAGAU